AAUUUCGAACGAGAGAUACGCCUUCGGUUGCCGCGUGCCUCGAUCAUCGCUAACCGAGGAGAAGUGGCUCCUUCACUGCGACUCACCAUCUCCCCGCCUCCUCCACAAGAUCCCCCGCCCCUCAAAACCACCGAUCGCCAUUAGAGAUCCCAAACCCUAGCUCUCUCUCUCUCUCUCUCUCUCUCUCUCACGCGCGCGCGCGCGCACACAGAACCUAGCCUGCUUUCUCGCUACGCUUCCAUACGCAAGAGUCGGUAAUGGCGCUUCGAAGAGGAUCGGCAGUGUGGGUGGAGGAUAAGGAGUGCGCGUGGGCGGAGGCCGAGGUGGUCGAUCCUAAGGAGAAGCUCGUCGUCGUGGUGACGCCUCAGGGGAAAAAGAUUAAUGUGACUGCGGAGAAGUUGUUGCCUAGAGAUGCGGACGCGGAUCAUGGAGGGGUCGAUGACAUGACCAAAUUGACGUAUCUGAAUGAGCCUGGGGUUCUUUUCAAUCUUGCGCGGAGAUAUGCUCUCAAUGAGAUCUAUACAUACACAGGAAGCAUCUUGAUUGCAGUUAAUCCUUUCACAAGGCUUCCUCAUCUUUACAAUGCGCACAUGAUGGAGCAAUAUAAGGGUGUCCAGUUUGGGGAAUUAAGCCCACAUGUUUUUGCAGUGGCCGAUGCAUCCUACAGGGCUAUGAUGAAUGAGGGUCGCAGCCAGUCUGUUUUGGUCAGUGGAGAAAGUGGAGCAGGAAAAACAGAGACUACGAAGCUGAUUAUGCAAUACCUAACUUAUGUUGGUGGACAUGCUGCUGGUCAUUACAGAACUGUUGAGCAGCAAGUCCUAGAAUCAAAUCCACUACUAGAGGCAUUUGGUAAUGCAAGAACAGUUAGAAACAACAACUCUAGUCGAUUUGGGAAGUUCGUCGAAAUUCAGUUUGAUAAAACUGGUAGAAUAUCUGGUGCAGCAAUUAGAACUUACCUUUUGGAAAGAUCCCGAGUAGUACAGAUAACAGAUACUGAAAGAAAUUACCAUUGUUUUUAUCAGCUUUGUGCUUCUGGAAAGGAUGCAGAGAAGUACAGGCUUGCCCACCCGAGAAACUUCCAUUACUUGAAUCAAAGCAGUACAUAUGAGUUAGAAGGAAACAACAGUGCAGAAGAAUAUUUGAAAACACGGAGAGCAAUGGAUAUAGUUGGUAUAAGUCUUGUAGAGCAGGAGGCAGUAUUUCGUACUUUGGCUGCUAUUCUUCACCUUGGAAACAUUGAAUUUUCUCCCGGAGAAGACCACGAUUCAUCAGUAAUCAAGGAUGAGAAAUCUAAUUUUCAUCUCCAGAUGGCUGCUGAAUUGCUUAUGUGUGACAUGAGCCUUUUACUUGCAACCUUGUGUUCUCGUACCAUACAAACUCGCGAGGGAAGUAUUGUCAAAGCACUUGACUGUUCCGCUGCUGCAGCUAGUCGAGAUGCUUUAGCUAAGACUGUUUAUGCUCGAUUAUUUGAUUGGCUUGUUGAUAAUGUUAAUAAGUCGGUAGGACAAGACCUGGAUUCCAGAAUACAGAUUGGAGUCUUGGACAUAUAUGGUUUUGAGUGCUUUAAACAUAACAGUUUUGAGCAGUUCUGCAUUAACUUUGCUAACGAGAAGCUUCAGCAACAUUUUAAUGAGCAUGUAUUUAAGAUGGAGCAGGAAGAAUACAGAAAAGAGGAAAUUAACUGGAGCUACAUAGAAUUCGUUGAUAACCAGGAUAUCCUGGAUUUGAUCGAGAAGAAGCCAAUUGGAAUAAUUUCACUAUUGGAUGAAGCAUGUAUGUUUCCGAGAUCAACAAACAAAGUAUUCAGUACAAAGCUGUAUCAGAACUUCAGAGGACAUCCAAGAUUUGAAAAGCCGAAAUUCUCUGAAACAGAUUUUGCCUUAUCUCAUUAUGCUGGGAAGGUGACUUAUCAAACAGAUUCUUUUCUGGAGAAAAAUCGAGACUAUGUAGUUGUAGAGCACUGCGGUCUUCUGUCUUCCUCAAGAUGCUCUUUUAUUUCUGGACUUUUUGAUUCACAACCAGAGGAUUCAAGAUCAUCUUAUAAAUUUUCUUCUGUAGCAUCCAGAUUUAAGCAACAACUCCAAGCACUCAUGGAAACACUCAACUCUACAGAACCUCAUUAUAUCCGCUGUGUAAAGCCCAACUCUUUGAACUGUCCUCAAAAGUUUGAAAAUUGGAGUGUUCUACAUCAGUUGCGAUGCGGGGGUGUACUCGAGGCAAUCAGGAUAAGUCUUGCUGGAUAUCCAACACGGAGGACAUACUCUGAAUUCAUAGAUCGUUUUGGAAUCUUAGCUCCUGAAUUUCUGGAUGACAGAUUUGAUGAGAAGUCCUUGACGGAGAAAAUUAUAAAGAAACUAAAGCUCAACAAUUUCCAACUUGGCAAGACAAAGGUUUUCCUUAGAGCUGGUCAGAUCGCACUUUUGGAUUCUCGACGUGCUGAGAUUUUGGAUAAAGCUGCAAGAAUUAUUCAGGAUUUCUUACGAACCUUUUUAGCCCACAAGGAGUUUCUCCUAGUGAGGAAAGCAGCUGUUAGUCUUCAAGCAUACUGCCGCGGUUAUUUGGCUCGAGGCAUAUAUGCCUGUAAAAAAGAAACAGCAGCAGCUCUUUUAGUACAAAAAUAUACUCGAGGUUGGAUACACCGUCGUUUAUUUUUGCAUCUCUAUUCUGCGGUUCUUGUCAUUCAGUCUAGCAUCCGAGGAUUUUCAUCUCGCAAAAGGUUCAUGGACAUGAAGAAGCACAGAGCUGCUAUUGUUAUUCAGGCACAAUGGAGGAUGUGGAAGAUCUGCACAUUUUUUCAGCAAUUCAGACGUGCUGCAAUAUCUGUUCAAUGUGGUUGGAGACAAAAGCUUGCUAAAAGAGAACUUCGGAGGCUUAAAUAUUCCUCAAAUGAAGCCGGCGCUUUGCGUGAGGCCAAAAACAAACUUGAGAAGAAUCUGGAAGAUCUGACUUUGCGGUUAACUUUAGAGAAGAGACUACGGGUAGCUGUUGAAGAGUCCAAGGAUGUCGAAAUUUCAAAACUGCAAAGAGAUUUCGAAUGUUUGAGAGCUGAGCUGGAAGCAGCCAACCUAGAAACCUUAAAUGAGCGCAACAAAAAUAUCUUGCUCAAACAGCAGUUGGAGAUAUCAAUGAACGAUCAAGAUGCUCUCAGAAAUAUGCUUGCUGAGAUGGAACAAUGUAAAAAUGAGAACUUGGUUCUAAAGAGUACAUUGGAAUCUCUAUCAAAAAGGAACUCGGAAAUGGAACAAGAGCUUUUGAAUGCUCGAAAAUGCAGUCAUGAUACUUUGGACAAGUUGCAAGACGUGGAAACUAGAUAUUUGCAGCUACGACAGAGCUUGCAGAAUUUGGAGAAUAAACUCUCAAAUUUAGAUGAUGAGAACCAUAUUUUGAGGCAAAAAGCAUUAAGCUUAUCUCCAAGGAACAAUCUAGCAGGGGCAUUCAGACCAUUUUCUGAGAAUUAUUUGGGUCCUUCUAUGCUUUCCACUAUCAACCAGAGGUCAUAUAGCUUAACAGAUUUAAGAAGAACAAGAAUGAAUAUUGAGAGACAUGAGGAACAUCAUGAAUUUCUACUUGGGUGCAUUAAAGAAGAUUUGGGAUUCAAAGCUGGUAAGCCUAUUGCAGCUUGUCUUAUAUAUAAAUGGCUUCACCAGUGGGGAGUUUUCGAAGCUGAAAGGACAAGCAUUUUUGACUACAUAAUUGAGGCACUCAAUUCUGUUUUGAAGGUGGAAAGUGAGAAUGACAUCUUGCCUUACUGGCUAGCCAAUACUUCCACACUUUUAUGCCUCUUACAAAGAAACUUAAGAUCAAAUGUAUUCCCUUCAACACCUUCUCAACACUCUUCCUGGUCUCUUGUCUUGAGUGGAAAGACAUCACAAGUGCCUAAAUCUCCUUCAAAAAAUACUGCACAAGAAGAGAGUCUUUCACAUGUAGAUGCUCGCUACCCGGCUAUGCUGUUUAAGCAACAAUUGACAGCCUGCUUGGAGAAGAUUUUUGGCUUGAUUCGAGAUAAUCUAAAGAGAGAGAUAUCACCACUCCUAAGCCUUUGCAUUCAGGCACCGAAAGCUACUCGAGGAGUUAGUGGAAGGAGAUCCAGAUCACCAGAAGGUAGUGUUCAACAGCCACUAAGUACUCACUGGGACCGGAUUAUCAAAUUUUUGGAUUCACUUAUGGAUCGAUUACAUAAAAAUUUUGUACCUUCUUUUUUUAUUCGUAAACUCAUUACUCAAGUUUUUUCCUUCAUCAAUAUCCAACUUUUCAACAGUCUGCUAUUACGUCGAGAAUGUUGCGCAUUUUCUAAUGGGGAAUAUGUCAAGUCUGGGCUUGCUGUGCUGGAAAAGUGGAUUACCGAUGCAACAGAGGAGUAUGCAGGUGCUGCUUGGGAUGAGCUAAAUUACAUCAGACAAGCUGUCGAGUUUCUGGUUAUUCAUCAGAAGCGGAAAAAGACUCUUAAAGAGAUCAAGCAUGAUAUUUGUCCGGCUCUCAGUGUGAGGCAGAUUUAUCGAAUAUGUACGAUGUAUUGGGAUGACAAGUACAGUACGCAAAGUGUCUCAAGCGAGGUUGUUGCAACAAUGAGGGACAUGGUAAACAAAGACUCUCAAAAUCUUGUGUCAAAUUCUUUUUUGUUGGAUGAUGAUUUGAGCAUUCCUUUCUCCACGGAGGAGAUAUCAAAGUCUGUUCCUGCAAUAGAUCCAACCGAAAUCGAGCUUCCACCAUCUCUUCAUCAUAUCCAGUCUGCUCAAUUCUUGAUACAGCAGGAUGAGUCUCCUGUUUCUUAGAUGACGAGACAAAAAGAAUAGGUUUGUUCUUACAAGCCAUGAAUUUGAUCCCCCUACUCAUGCCAAUCUUGAAUGCCUUAGCAAGUAUUUGGCUAGUAUCUGCCUCAUAACAGGUUUAGUUCAAUGACGAGCUCCCCACAAAGAAGAGUGGGAUUAUAGAGGCAAGGUUCCCUAACUUCAUGUUUGAUGACUUCAAUCUUUUCAUCUAUUCGAUCACUGUUGAGAUACAUCUAUUGUACUUUUCCCUCUUAUAGUAGCUGUUUUGUGUGCUUUUCUAUGAUCUACUUGUGCGAGUAUGCUGGCUCUUUUUGCAUUUGUAAUUGAUUUUUCUUGGCAGGUCUGGA